AUGGAUCCGGAUAGCGUGAUUUUUAAGGGCUUCGUGGAGAGAGACACAGAGCUCAUUUCUGAUUCCAUUCAAGCACCGAACGAGAUCUUUCCGAUGACACCGAUCGACAUUCCUCUCGAUCUCCAGAUCGAUAUACUCUUGCGAUUGCCCGUGAAGUCUCUAUUGAGAUUUCGAUGCGUCUCCAAGCUUUGGUCCUCAAUCAUCACCAGCCGAGACUUCAAAAACCAGCACUUGAACAUUGCUACUUGGUCAUCUCCUCCUCGUCUUCUCAUUGCUUUUGAGGACUUUUACGGAGAAAGGCUUCUGUUAGUCUCGUCACCCAACCCAAUCGCACCUUCCUCUUCCUCUUCUUCGUGUUGCGUACCCUACAGAGAUCUGAGCCUAGUCAAAAUUCGAAAGAACAGAGUGCACAACGCGGCUCGAGGUCUGAUCUGCAUUGCAAGCCGAAAGGUGAAGAUCUGUAACCCAAGCACGAGGGAUGUCCAUGUCUUUCCGCGAAUCAAAUUCAGAGCUUCUCCCGAGGUUUAUCCAUGCCGUGUCAACUUUUUGGGGUACGAUCCCGUUGGAGAUCAAUACAAAGUGCUCGCCUUUGAUCGUCUGUAUUGGAGAGCGGAACACAAGGUUCUGACAUUGGGACAGGACAAAACUUGGAGAGAGGCUCCGUGUGUCGCAUGUCCUCACAUUGUUCAUACCUUGGGGCUGUAUAUGAACGGAACCGUCUACUACGGGGCCUUCAUGUCGGAUAAGUCUAUUGUGGUCUUGACUUCAAGGUCAUGA